ACUUUCUACAGCAAGAGGGAUGCAGCGCGCGCUCAGCGCAGCCUGAAAAUGGCAACCCUUUGGAUUUAUCCGUCCCUUCUAUUCUUUCUUUUCCCCUCCCUCACACCGAGUCAAGCCUUACGGAAUUACCCAGAGAAUGAAGUUACAUUGCUGGACACUAUGUCUGCUCUGGGAGACCUUGGCUGGGAGGCCUAUCCAGCUGAAGGGUGGGAGGAAAUCAGUGUGAUGGAUGAGAGGAACACCCCCAUGCGCUCCUACCAGGUGUGUAAUGUGAUGGAGGCUAAUCAGAACAACUGGCUACGCACACGCCACAUCCCACGAGAUGGAGCGCAGCGCGUCUACAUCGAGAUUAAGUUCACCCUGCGUGACUGCAACAGUCUGCCUGGAGUCCCUGGCACCUGCAAAGAAACUUUCAAUAUGUACUACUAUGAGUCCAACAACCCCAACCUGUGGUUUAUCAAAGAGAGCCAGUACAUAAAGAUCGACACUAUUGCGGCCGAUGAGAGCUUCACGCAGACCGACGUGGGUGAUCGCGUUAUGAAACUAAACACAGAAGUGAGGGACAUCAGUAACUUGAGCAAGAAGGGUUUCUACUUGGCUUUCCAAGAUGUUGGAGCCUGCAUCGCUUUGGUGUCCCUGAGGGUCUUCUAUAAGAAGUGUCCUCUUGCCGUUCUGAACUUGGCCCAGUUUCCCGACACGGUGACUGGGGGAGAUUCGGCUUUGGUGGAGGUUAGGGGAUCUUGUGUGAAUGACUCGGAGGAGUUUGAGGCGCCGAGGAUGUACUGCAGUGGAGAUGGUGGAUGGCUGGUGCCCAUUGGACGCUGUGUCUGCAAACCAGGCUUUGAGGAAAACAAGGACUACUGUCAGC